UCCAAGCUACAGGCCCCUCCGUUUCAGACCUAUAAAUGGACUCCCAUCUCAUUCUGCUCUGAAUCGCCUCAUUCUGACAAACUCUGUGCUGAAAACGUCGAACGCUACACCACAUUAAGAUGUCAGACUUAGAGAACUGCCUGGGAACCAUCAUUGAGGUCUUCCACAAAUACUCGUCGAAGGAAGGCGACAAGUACAAAUUAAAAAAGACCGAACUCAAGGAGCUGCUCACAAAUGAAUUUCCGACUCUUACCGAGCAUGUGAAAGAUCAAGCAACAAUGGACAGUCUGAUGGAAAGCUUGGACACCGAUGGUGACUCGGAGUGUGAUUUUCAGGAGUUCAUGACCUUCAUCACCAUGGUUACCAUUUGUUGCCAUGAGUUUUUCGAACACCACGAAGACGAAUGAGUCGAAUUAAAAAAAAAAAAAAAAUAGAAAAAGAGUUCAGUUUUCAUAGUUUAAUAAGUCACAAUACAUUCUUCUACAUACUUCUCUUAAAAUUUGCUUUUUUCUUUAUCAUAUCAUAUUAGGAUUGUUGUUUUGUUUGGACAGAAUGUACAUGCAGCUUGUACGACAGUUUGUUUGGCUUAUUUUGCUAGACUCAAAACCACUUCAUAAUUUAUUACAAAGCAUGUUUCUAUUAUUUUGCCUAGGCAUUUUUUUCUCUCCAAGACAUCCCCAUCAUAAAUCUCAUCGAGUAAAAUGCGGACCAGGUGUUGCGUUCUUGCCAUUUCAAUUCCAGGCUGAUUGUGAAAUGUUUUUUCUGAUUAGCUUCAGACUAUUAGGCUGCUAUUGACUUACGUCGGAUUGUUCCGGGGGCCUGAGACAAAUCAUACUGUGCUUUAAAAAGACCCACCAAAGCGAAUUAUUAUUUUGAAAACAUCUAAUAUGAUGUUUACAACCAUCCAAAAAUCCCAUAUGUUAUUAGAUGCAUGAAAACUUAUGUUUUUCAUGUAUUAAAUGUCCAGAAAACUUACUAGCAUUUUUUUUUUUUUUGAUAGUACAGGAAUUGUGUUUUCCCUUUGUAACCUAAGCUAACAGUCAAUGUCAAAACAUCAGGCUUAAUUCAUGAAACAUGGAAUUUUUCUGUGUAAAUUGUACCUAAAUCUACUAAAUCUGCAAAUUAUUAAACUGAAUACGACAAUUUGCAUAAGAAUGUAUUAUGAACAAUUUACACAAAUUUGUGUAACAAGGCCCAACAAUGAAAGUUUACUUACAAAGUUCAACAAAACAUGAAUGAGUUUCAGAAGCCAAACUGUUAGAAUUAUGGAAUGAAAACUAGUGAAAUAAAAUUGUGAACAGAUGAUUCAA